UGCCAUUCAUCUCUUCCUCAGUCCUAGCGGCACGGCUGAAGCAGGCAUGGCGGAGGAGGACAUCGGCGGCAUCCCCCGGGCCGUCUCCGUGACCCGGCUCUCCAAGGCCCUGUCCCACACCCACCUGGACCUGCUGGGGCAGGAGCCCCUUCCGGCUACCCCCCUGCCGACCCUGCCAAGCACCCCCAGGGUGUCUGCUGCGCAAUCCACCCGCAAGAGGAGACUCUCCAAGAGCCAGAGUCUGUCCGGGUCCCUGGAGAGUCUGAAUGGGGUGGCCAACGAGGCCAGGGUCCUUGUCAUCAACACGGGGGGGACCAUAGGCAUGAUGUACCAGAAUGACGUGCUGGCUCCUCAGGCCAACUCCUUUGCAAAGGCUUUGAAGAAGCUCCCGAUCCUCCACGAUGAGGCGUACGCCCAGCAAACCAAACUCUACGAGUUCCUCGAAUUCCCCGAAGACACCUUGGUGCUCCCACUUUCCAAACAGAAAAAACGAAUCGUGUACACCAUACUGGAGUAUUCUCCGCUGCUGGAUUCCUGUAACAUGACUACCGAUGACUGGGCCAAGAUCGCAAAAGAUAUCCAGAAACACUAUGAGCAUUUUGAUGGCUUUGUCAUUCUUCAUGGAACAGACACAAUGGCCUACACUGCGUCGGCGCUGUCCUUUAUGUGCGAACAUCUGGGGAAACCCAUCGUAUUGACCGGCUCUCAGGUUCCAAUAUACGAGAUGAGGAAUGAUGGCCGAGACAACUUGCUGGGGGCUCUUCUGAUCGCUGGACAGUUUGUCAUACCAGAGGUGUGCCUGUAUUUCCACCACAAGCUCUACAGGGGCAAUCGGGUGACUAAGGUAGAUGCUGGAAGUUUCAAUGCCUUCACAUCUCCCAACUUGCCUCCACUUGCCAACGCCGAAGUCGAUAUUACAAUUAACUGGGACACCGUUUGGAGAGCAAACACCACCAAGAAGUUCAUUGUCCAUACAGAUAUGAACAGGAACGUGGGCCUUCUCCGGAUAUUUCCUGGGAUCACCGCGGCCACCGUAAAGGCUUUCCUGCAGCCACCGAUGGAAGGCAUCGUGCUCGAGACGUACGGGUCUGGUAAUGCGCCGGAUUGCCGCCUUGACCUACUUCAUGAGCUGAAGGCCGCUACGGAGCGAGGGGUGGCCAUUGUUAACUGCACCCAGUGCCUGCGAGGGUCCGUCACCGAGUCGUACGCAACGGGAAAGGCUCUCUCCGAGGUUGGGGUCAUACCGGGAUGUGACUUGACUCCAGAAGCUGCUCUGGCCAAGUUGUCCUAUGUUCUGGGCAAAACCCACUUAACCCAGGAGGUGAAGAGGAAGAUGCUGUUUGUCAAUCUGAGGGGAGAAAUGACAGUCAGUGCCACCGGAGCCAAGAUUUCCCUUCGAGACAGCAGAUUUAUUCAAGUCGUUGCCAAGUCUGUUGGUGUGAGCUGCAAAGAGGAGCUCGAAGCCGUCCGAGAUGCCCUCACGCCAGCUUUAGCCUGCGCAGCCGCUAAGACUGGAGACAUCAACGCCUUGGAAGCCAUACGCGACAUGGGUGGAAACUUCAGCAACGAGGACUAUGACGGUCGGACCCCGUUGCACGUGGCUUCCUGCGAGGGUCAUUACAACGUAGUCCAGUACCUUUUAAGUCACGGCGCCACCGUGUACGCCAAGGAUCGCUACGGUGACACGCCGCUGAUGAAUGCCGUGAAGUUCCGGCGAUUGGAAGUCAUCAAGCUGCUCCGUCAGACGGGGGCACAUCUUUCGUGGGAAGAGUUGGAACACAGCGGAACGGAACUUUGCAGUUUAGCUGCCAAUGGUGAUGUGGAAGGGCUGACUGCUUGGGAAUUGGCAGGAGUCGAUAUGGACCAGGUCGGAUAUAAUGGGCAAACUCCUUACCAGGUGGCAGAAGAUGCUGGAAAUGAAGAGGUUAUGGAGUUUUUCAGUGCUAGGAAGGCCCAGGUCUUUCUCAAUGGAAGCUCGAGUGAUAAGGACAGCUACUUAAGCAGCUAAAGGGCUGGCCAUUGAAACCUCUGCUGGUGUCUGAGAAGACAAACUCGUGUGCUGGUUCCUCGUAGUAACAUAUCAUCUGUUUUCUUAAAGUCUAGACGCAGGGGUCUCGUUAUCGCAAGGACCCUAUAGCUGUAUGUCUGGAUUUUUUUUGUAGAGAUACACAUGGAUUUAUCGUUUUGACGUAAUAUUGUAAGAUGCACACAUCACUUUUGGAAAUGUCGUCUGCUAACUUAAAAAAAAAAAAAACGUUCAUGAAUGAUGGAGAAAUGUGACGGAACUUCUCAAUGUGUUUAUUCUAUGAAAACGUCAUGGAAGGCUGCUAGCGUGUUACAUUUCAACAUGUAUGUUAGUAUU